CCGGAUCGAGCCUCAGCCUUUCUCGAUUUGGUUGGCCGAGACGUCCUCAAAUGUCCUCAAGCGUGGCACGGCUUCGUAGAGGGAGCCCGUCGUGGUGGAAAAAGCCUUGUAAUUUCAUUUUGAAAAAGAUUAAAAAGUACCUGCAAGGGCGGCCGUCCACCGCCAACCCCAACCCGCGCGGGAAACACCACCGCAACCCACUCCCGUGGAAAGGGCGCAAGCUGUUUAGCGCGUGGGACUGGCAAGACGACGCGGCCGAGUACAGGCGACAGCUGUUCGCGGCACAGCGCAGUAGCGUCAACCCCGCCAACAUCAAAAACCAGCGCCCCAACAAGCCGCACCUCCUCAGCUUCAUCCAGUGCCAGGAGCAGCGCAACGCCACGAUAGGCUGGGGCCACUGCCCGUGCUGCGCCGACUACCGGCGCGAGCAGCUGCUCAAGAGCCGGCGCACUGCGUGGCGCGCGGCGCGCGACGAGGGCAUCGCCAUGGCGCGCGAGUACGAGAUCGGCCUGCCUGGCGACGACAGGUGGAAGCAGGACGAACGGCCGCGGCGGACGCCGUGGCUCGUCAGUCGCCAGACGGCUGAAGAUGAGGAAGAAGACUGGCCUGGCUUUUCCGAGGACACCGGGGACAAGGAGGCCGAUAUCUCGCUCAACACGAUCGCGCGCGAGGAGCCAAUUUAUACCAUUAGAUCUCGCGCGUUGCGGAAACCCCGCAGGCGGAGAACUGUCGCGGCGGCGGCAGUUCCCAUUCGAACGUGUCACGAUGCUGUUCCUGGGGUUAGGGUAGAUGAGGUGUCGUUCUUCCCUGGAGCGCAGCUUUCUGAAGAAGACUGGAUCGAGCUGGACGGGGAUGUUGGGUUCGAUUGGGAGCUAGCGUCCUCUGCGAGCACCGUGGACGACUGGGAGGCUCUGGAUUAUGAAUGAUGAUGGGUGGGUUUGGAGAUAUGCAUAGGUACCAAGCUUCGAUCUGAGUUCCGGAAUGGGCCGCCAAUAUACCGCUAUUCAGGAGAUUAGGUCAUGUUGUUUACGUGAUCGACGAUAAAACUCUUGCUCAGUCGCCUCUUCUUUUCUCGAAAUCAAUAUCCAUUUCUAUACGCUUGUCCAGAAAUUGCGUCCCAUCAGGCCAUCCCAAACUUGAACUUCAUUCGUAGGCUCGAUCUCUUGGGUGUCUAUCUCGAAGUUAAUCAAAUAGGAGCCCAUCCAUUUUGCAGAAGACAUAUUAGCCGU